AUGCCGAAGGUCGAGCCCAGCAGCGAUAUGGCGCGCGCCGAGCGCCCGCGCAGCAGUGUGGAGCUCCUCCGCACCUUCAGCGUCGUAGGUAAGAGGGGGUCGGAGGAUCUCGGGAAGCCCACUGGCAACACCGUUCCCUGGCUGCCUCGCCUUCACAACUACUAUGAUCUCGUUGGCAAGCGUGCGUGCCUGGAAAAGCGGUACCCGAUCCUAAAGGCUCAGCGACUGGAAAAGGCCCGAGCCUACAAGCGCGAGUACGAUAAGCUGUACCACCGCGCUCGCCGUGACGCGCUUAACGAGCUUGACCUGCGUAUCAUCACUACGGCCGCAGGUGACGUGACCACGACUGUUGUUGAGUCGCUCGUCCUGUCUGUGCCUGGGGACAUUGAGUUAGGGGGUUCAACAACAGCUCAGAGCUCACCUCCCCGCUCUGCUCGACGACGACGUGUUUUCUCGGCACCAGCUCCCCCAACGGUGAUCGACAUUACGGGGGAGGAGGACCAAGACGAGGACCUAUCAACUUGCGCCAUUUGCUAG